AUGCCCGCGCUUGAAGAACUAAGUGAUCUGAGCGACUUGGGCGAUGCGCCCGAUGAAAAUGCGCCGCCGCCGCCGCCGCCGCCACUACCGCUCUCAAACCCACCGGCCAGCCACAAGCUUUUCAACACUAAAUAUGACAGCCUCGAUGAUUUGAACGAAUGGACCACCUCUGCAUACGCUACCGUCGAAGACGCCGUCAAAGGCUGGGAAUCCCCCAACGAGCCCACCCUAUACCACAUCCGCGUGUCUCGCGCCAGCUCAGGCCCCGAGACCAGGUACCUAGUCUCGCCGCACCCGACGGACAGCACCAGCCCCAUCCCAGACUUCCGCGGCGACCAUCUUGCCUUUGACACGGUGCCCGCGGGCGCGUGGGACGUCGGCCGCGCAGUGCUAGACUCGUCGCUCACGGCCAAGCUCGUGCUCGGCUCGACCUCGACGCUGGCCACUGCUGGCCUGGGCCUCGACGACGCCGGCCCCGCGUGGCACGCCCGCCGCGUUGACCUCGUCGACCUGCUGGACCUGUACCACAACCAGCAGCAACAGGAGUCUCCCGACUCGUCUGCUGCCCACGGCACGUACAUCCAGUGCAUGAAACGCCUCUCGGCGGCCCCGGGCCACGCGCACGGCAUCACCGCCGAGAGCGCAGCGUACGCGGCCAUUGGCGGUCACGACGCAUCGCUGGCGCCGCGGUUCCUGGGCCACGUCACUGACAACGGCGGCGCGCGCGUCAUCGGGUUCCUGCUCGAGCGCGUCCCGCCGGCCACGCGCGAGGCUUUUAUUGGCGACCUGCUUGGCUGCCGCCGCGCGCUGGCUUGCCUGCACGCCCUUGGCUAG